UUGUCGGGAUUGACCGUUGACCUUUACCCGGAAGCUGCACAGAUUGAUCGUGUUUUGUUGUCAAAGUUGUUGCUGCGCACCUCCGUGCAGGUUUCCUCUCCCAACGCGAAUUGCGUCCAGAUGGCCGACAGUGAGAUUGUGAACGGCUCUGCUGAUAACCAGGAGGUGGCGCCAUCUGGUAAGAAAUCUGGACGUGCCUCGCUGCUCGAUAGUGGGGAAGACUUUUCAAUGCUGGAUGAUGUUGAAGACGACGUGGAUGAUGACCUCCCGCCUUUAGAAGAUGCAGGUGGAGGAAAGAAGAAAGACGCUACAAAAGCAGAUGCAGUUGCAGAUCGAACUCCUUCUACAGAACUGGAAGAGUGGCUGGAUGUUUUAGGAAAUGGGCAGCUUAGAAAGAAAGUUGUGGAAGCCGGAGCUGGUCUAGACAGCAGACCCCAGAGAGGCCAAAAUGUCACAAUUCAUCUUAAAACCACUCUUACUGAUGGAACUGUGGUAGAAGAGCUGCCAAACGUAUCUUUUACACUUGGUGAUGGGGACGUCCUCCAGGUGCUGGAUCUUACUGUACAGCUGAUGGAAAUGAGCGAAAAGGCGUUGAUUGAAGCAGGCGCUAAAUAUGCAUACGGUGCCCUUGGCAGCUCUACUCCUGCUGUGCCUCCUGACGCUGAUCUCAUCCUGGAGGUGCAGCUGUUGUCGGCAGAAGACGCCCCAGACCUGGAGCUCAUGCUGCCCUCUGAGCGAAUCAGUUUGGCCAACAGAAAACGAGAGCGAGGAAACAUCCACUACCAGCGCACCGACUACGCCUUCGCCAUCAACUCGUACGGAAUCGCUCUACAGAUAACUGAAGCGACAUCCAGAGUGGACAUCAGUCAACAAGAAGAGGAAGAACUUUUGGACAUGAAGGUGAAAUGUCUCAAUAACAUGGCCGCUGCUCAACUCAAACUAGACCACUAUGAAGCCGCACUGCGCUCUUGCGUCUCCGUCCUGGCGCACCAGCCGGACAAUGUCAAAGCCCUGUUCCGCAAAGGCAAGGUACUGGCUCUGCAGGGCGAGUAUGCUGAAGCCAUUAAAACACUGAAAAGGGCCUUGAAGUUGGAACCAAGUAAUAAGACCAUCCACGCUGAGCUGUCGAAACUUGUGAAGAAACACUCCGAGCAGAAAGGAGCCGAACAGGCCAUGUAUAAAAAGAUGCUGGGUAACCCAACGAACGCCAGUGUGCAGAAACACCGUGCCAAGUCCUCAUGGAGUCUCAGCUGGAAGUGGCUCUUUGGGGCAACAGCCAUUGCGAUUGGCGGUGUAGCUUUAUCAGUCGUCAUCGCAGCUAGAAAUUAAUCUCAAAUUCACUGUGACGAGAUGAAUGAUGUGGUGCUGAAGACCUUGAGUACGCCAGGCCCCCAAACACCUUACCGACCUUCAUAAAA